ACUGCGUGUGAGGUAGGCAGGAUUGCGCUAUGCUUAUCCCAUGAACCUGUGCUGGAAAAAAUAUGUAAUAGAGCCCACUGUCGACCGAAUCGCUACCAUACCCGGACCCGUAACUAACCCCGGAGUUAUGGCGUGCUAACUAGCAGUGGGUUGCCUAUUUUGCAGCUGCAGAUAUCUCGCUCGGCCGGGUAUUACGGACGUGUUUACGUGACGUGUGCCGAGAACGCACGUACGGUACGGUGGUACAUGUAGCGCAGUGUAAAGAUUUCGAUGAAGCCUUGAAGGUGAAAGUUACUGUUGAAAAAAUAACUAAUUUCUCUCUAAUUUGUACUAACUUCUCACAAGCUGGGCUCUAUCGGGAAUAUGAAGAGGCGAACUGCCGACUGCGGCAGACCAAGACGUCCUGUGAAACGUACGAAGAUCACGGAGGGUAUUUACGGCAGUAGUACUUUCCUCUACCUAAAAUUUCUUGGAAUAUGGGGCUUUGUUCUGCUGCUUGAUUUUCUUCUGGAGUUCCGCUUUGAGUAUCUGUGGCCCGUCUGGCUCCUCCUGAGAAGCAUCUACGACUCCUACAAGUACCAAGGCCUGGCCUUUUCGGUGUUCUUCAUUUUCAUUGCCUUUACUUCGGACAUGAUUUGCCUGCUAUUCAUCCCGGUGCACUGGCUGUUCUUCGCAGCCAGUACCUAUGUGUGGGUCCAGUUUGUUUGGCAUACUGAUCGAGGCAUCUGUUUACCAACAGUAGCGUUAUGGUUGCUGUUUGUUUACAUUGAAGCAUCAGUGAGACUCAGAGGGUUAAGAUCAGUGGUUCCAUUUCAUCUGGAUCUAUGCAGGCCUUUCGCUGCUCACUGUAUUGGCUAUCCGGUAGUAACGCUAGGGUUCAACUUCAAAAGUUAUGUGAGCUAUCGUAUGAGGCUGAGAAAGCAGAAAGAAGUUCAAAAAGAGAAUGAUUUUUAUAUGCAGCUCCUGCAGCAGGCACUGCCUCCAGAGCAACAAGCGGCCAAUGGGGUCGCAGUCGCUCCAGCUGAAAAACCUGCAAAAGCUGUUAGUAAAAAGCCUGAUGAGCCUGUCGCGAAUGGAGUUGGCGGUAAAAAGGAAUCACCGAGUAGCAAGCAACCAAAGAACCAUCCUGCGGGGGACGGAGGGGGAGGGGGUAAUGAGAGAAGCAAUGUGACUAAAGACAGCCGUAAUAAACAUGUUGGAGCAAACAAUGCCAGUACGCAUGCCAAGUCCACGUCGACUUCUCAACAGGACGGCAAUUUCAUGGACACAAAGACUUGUCAACUCUCAUCAUCCUCCUCCUCUACAACUUCAUCAUCGUCAUCGUCGUCGACAACGAGCAAUCACUCCGUCAAUGAGUUUGACAACAUGAAGGAAAAUCUUGCCAAUGAGCAGACGCAAGCCAAGAAUCUGAAGCAGAUUUCGGUUGGGUCGUCGACACGGCAGCGCAACCCUUCACCCGUGAUGAAAGAAAACAGUUCGUCGGGGCAGGGGAGUAAAAAGCCCAAGCCGCUGCCUUCCAAGCUAGAAAAUAAAGAUAAGGACACUAACGUGAAUGCAGAGCAAGCAAGAACGAUAAAUAGCAACAAUCAGCAAGUAAAAACGGAUCCUUCAAAGUAUACUAUAGCAAGGUUGGAGUCUGAUAUAAAGAAGCUGAAGGCUGACCUUCAAGCCAGCCGUCAGGUAGAGAGUGAUCUUAGAAACCAAGUCAACAGUCUUUUAGCUGAUGAACUGCAGGAUAAAGAAGUCUUGGAUCAGUAUAAAAAAGAUAAUGAGUCUCUUCAAAAUAGAUUGCAUAACCUUGUGACCCAGAAGCAGCAGGACAAGCAGAAUAUAAUUCAGCUUGAGAAGAAGGUGAAGCAGGAAAGGGACGGUAGAACAUCCCUUGAGAACCUCCUCAAAGAAGAACGAAAGAGUAGAAAAGCUGAAGAAUCCUGUAGGCAAUAUUCUCAUGCUGGUGGUGUAGAUGAGUGCACAGAAAACUGUCGUAUGAGACGCCAAGACCAGGAAAGCGAGAUUCAGCAUUUAUUGAAAGAAACGAGAGACAAAGGGGAUAAAUUACGGGAUUUAGAACAAAAGAUUGAGCUCCGGGAGCGUCAGGAAAUCCAGAGUAAUAACGAGAGGCUGAUGAAUGCCCUGGUUGCCAUGCAAGAUAAAACAGCUCAGCUGGAAAAUAGUCUUAGUGCAGAAACCAGACUUAAACUAGAUCUCUUCUCAGCUCUGGGUGAUACAAGGCGACAGGUUGAAAUAGCUCAUAGUCAAUUACAUCACAAGGAAGUUGAGAUUCGUGAGUUAAAGUCAACCAUAGCUGACCUGAUGGCAGUGAUGCCCAUGUCCAACUACCCCGCAACCUCCAGCUCUGGCAGUGCAGUGGCCUCCCCGCGGUACUCGGUCAACUUCUGCAGCCCGCGUCAGCCAAAGACCGAUGAGAGCACCCCUCCAACAGUGGUCACCAAGCCCAUGGCUGGGGUUUCCCCUCUCGUUCAGCAACAACCACCACAACCACCUCAGCCCCAACCGCAGCAACGCUCCAACCCAGGGACCCCUCCCCCUGGUGCGCAGUCGCAGGGUACUUCCCCCGCGAAGUCAUCGGUGCUCGACCCCAACGCAGCCGUCUACAGACCUAAGAGUAACUAGAGUAUAGAGAAAGGGAGAACAGAUUUAAAAAUACAGAAUUUUCUUGCCAAGGUGUUCUUUAGUCAUGUUGUGAUGCUUCAUUUUCGCUUGCUUAUCAAUGUCGGUGUUUCAUUGUUUGUAACAUAGCUCACAUAGAUCACAGUCUACAGAAACCAUUUUACAGAAACACAUUGUGAAUGUGUGUUGCCUCAUGAAUCAUCCAGAAAUUCUAGAGUAGGCUGGUACAGUCAGUUCCUACUUACCAUACCAAUCCAUCAUACAACACUUAUUUCACCCAUUGGAUUUAAAAGUUUUCAGUAUACCACAACAGGGCUUUAUAGUAAUCCAAGGCCAUGACUUUGUGUUUCCUAUUGGUUGGUCUAAGUGCCCCUUUCACUAGCCUUUCAUAUUUUUUUUUCCCUUUUUCAUUUUUCUUAACUGUGCCGUCAUAUGGAAAUGUGCCCUUUUGAAAAGUGGCCUUGCUCCAGAAUUAUAGAAAUUAUGGCCCACCAGUGGAUUUCAAGUUCUGGCAUCUUUCCCGGUUUUGCUUCCAUGGGUAGUAUUUGUGUUGUGGACUAGAAGGAUAGGCUAUGCAUUGAAGAUUACAAGGUUUUUGUUUCCAUGAUUUGUUUUUUGUGUGCAGCCACAAGGCAGUCAACCCUGUGUUGAAUUUCACACCAUUCACAUCAUUCUUAUCUAUGGAAAGGCAUUCAUGCCAUAAUUUUUCAUUUACUCUAAGAUGCUUGUGCACUGAAAAGAGGCAUGCUAAUGAAUAAUAAUUGCAUCAGGAUGACUUUUCUAAAGUGCUUUGCAUAUAUAUUGUUAACCUGGACAAAGAGUUGUGAUUGAUCCAGUCAAAGCCAGCAACCCCAACCUCCCCAACAUCCAAUAUGCAUGUUUCUGUUCAAAGUGUUUCUACAUAUCUUUUUCUUGACUAUUCAGUGUGCUCUUCUGUUUCCAAAGGGACAGUGAAAUUUUUUGAAUGAAUAAAUUAUGACAUUGGGUCUUGUAUAAAAGAAUGAACACUCUUCUGGCAUUGAGCUUCAUCAAAACUUGGCUAUCGUUUCAUAAAGACUUUUUUAUAAUAACUAUAGCAAACAUACUAUCAACCAAUCAGAUUGAAGUAUAUCAGCAACUUGACACUUUCAUGGCGAAUUGUUAUUAUAAAACAUUUUAUGAAAUGGGCCCCAGGUAUUUGUGGAGGAUCUGUUGAGAGGAUGCUAUUAAAUGGCCCAGGGGGGUGAUUCAUUAUAAGGAGCAAUUCCCUUCCUAGGAGCGAUUUGUGGGCUUGAUAUUCGUACCAGCCUAAUUUCAACCCCCAAAUCUCUGAUUCACUAUUAAAACCACUGUUGUCACUGAUCCAACCAACUCGAAGAUUUGUUGUCUGUAAUCCAAUAUCAGUCUUCUGGCAUAAACCUUGAUCAAAUAUUUCAAUUUUGUUUAUUUGGAUUGCAAUUUUACAUUAUUUAGAAUUAUAUUUCUCAUUGAAUUUCCCUAAGAUAUUAAAGAAGCAGACAGACUUGAAGUUUGCUUGAAUUCUCAGAACGAUUUGUCAGGACAGCAUCUUUGGUAUCGGUAAAGACAAAAUGACUGCUUGUAUAAAAAUCAAGUUUUCAUUUUAUGUUUGAGCUUCACUUCCACUGCUCACAUGGCUAAAAAAAAAAAGUUUUUUGAAACAGAAUUAUAUCCUGACUUCUAAAUCCAUUAUAUUUUAAUAUCAGCUAGAACAUCAUCCCUUGCACCACUCUGCUCUUUCUCCCCCCCCCCUCUGUUUUCUGAUGACGAAAUGCUAAUUUUGACCCUUGGAUUGAAUGUCAAUACAGCCUCCUCAUUUUUGCUGUGAUGUGCAGUUCAAGAUACCAUAAUACACCCUUUGUUUUCUUUGUGUGCUAGUUGUCUGGCGAUCAUCAGUCAUAAUAAUGAUAUAGGAUUUCAAAUUUACAAUAUUUUUCUUCAAACCAUCUUCACCAAGUUUUCUAAUCUAAUUAAUCAUGUUAUUUUUUCUUUCUUAUGGUCCCUGAUAAAAAGGAACAAUAUACUGUUAAAAAAAAAAGAGUAUGAAAAAGGAAAUAUUAUGUCUCUGGCACCAAUAUCCUACUUUUGACUUAACACUACAAUCUACAUUAAAGCAGCAUUGCUAGUAGUAUACUGAAAUGGAGCUCUGCCACGUGGGAACAUGACUUUUAAUCUCUAGGACUACAUGUGAACAUAACUUGUAAUGUGUAGAACCACAUGUGAAAACAACUUUUAGUCUGUUUACCCACAUGUGGGCAUAAUUUCUGUCCAGAUGUCGUGAAUAAUGCAACCAAGAAUUCUAUGAACACAUUUUUGUGAAGAUAAAUGUUGUAUGUUACCCUCUAUCUAGAAGUUCAGCAAGCAAUGAAGCAUCACAUGUGAACACACCCUAUUUUCUGUAGUCUACUCACACUAAAUCAGCACUCGGUGAAUGAGCCUCAUUCACACUUAGUAAUAUAGUAUGUAGCACAAGAAAGGGAACAUGUUUGUACACGUUUGGUACAUGUAUGUAGGAAACACCUCUCAGAUCUGGUAGCCUUGUUCCAUUAGCAAAUAAUUUAAGUACCAUACUCUAAACUCUGGUUUAAAGUUGUGGUUGAACUAUGGAUCGCCAAUUGUCUCACGAUCAUCUAAUGUUUAUAUUCAAUUUAUUGGUUAUUUGGCACUUGAAUCAUUUAUAGCUAUCUUGAAACAACAAUAAAAAUUGUUUUUACAUGAACUUGCAUGAGAAAAGAGAAAAUUGAAUCUAAAUUCUUAAGAGCCUAUCAAUUGAUAUUACAUCACAAAGCAUGUUUUUGGUAUAUGGCAGAAGUUUGCCCUUAUUUUUAGAUGAGAGACACCAGUUGCAUGUAGACAGUGGCACCAAAGUAUUGUGGUCAGGCAAAGAAAUUGGAAGGUUGAACCAUUGUUGAAAAUGAAUGCAUUGAGUUGUAACGAUUUCAAAAUGAGUUAAUGCAGAAUCCAAUAAAAUUACCACCCAAGUGUCUGUAUGUAUGAAUAAAAAGUAUGCACCAAAGGAUUUGAAAAGAAAUUACUUAAAGUGAUAGGUUAACAUUGGUUUGACUUUAAAAAAAUCUGAGCUAGAAGGUCACACUUGUCACCUGUGUCUGUGAUAUGUUACAAAAUUGAAGCCCAGAAAAAAUUGCGUUCGAAAAUAAUUAUUUAGUGCUUCAAAUAUUGAAAUAUAAAGUGACCGAAAACACCAUCUUAAUUUCAUCCCAUACACUUAUGUGUACUAUUUAGGCGUCUAUAGGUUUGCCUUGUAGUUUUAGCUUUUCAUUCUCAAUAAUGGUUGUUUUCAGGGUUUAUUAGUUCUAAUACAUGCACUUGUACACAUGUUUCAUCGUGGUUUGAGAAUUUUUUAAAUCGGCUGCUCACAAAGUUAAACAAUACCUUUAAUUGCUGAGAAAUCAGCAAAAUAAGCAUGGAAUUCCGCCCCGCUCAAAUGUCAGGAUUUUUUCUUCAUAGAAUUAUAAUACCCUGUCCCACAUAUGCUUAUCUGUGUUUGCUAUCUUCAUUGUGAUUGUUUUUCAACUCGGAUUUUAUGAUUUCACAAAGUUCGGUGUAUGUAUUACUGUACCAGAUCCAGAUCUACAAUGGUAAAGUGACAAUUAAAGGGAAUGGUCCGGGCUGAGAGUAUUUAUAGCUUAAUAAAUAGAGUAGAAUUCACUAAGCAAAAUGCCGAAAAAUUUCAUCAAAAUUGGAUAACAAAUAACAAAGUUAUUGAAUUUUAAAGUUUAGCAAUAUUUUGUGAAAACAGUCAUCCUGAAUAUUCAUUAGGUGGGCUGAUGAAGUCACGAGGCCCUGGUCUCAUAUGCACUGUUUAGCUGCUUAUGUGUUCCUGGGGAGCGUUACAUAAAAGGAUGUGUCGGACGUUUUAUCCAACAAGUCCUGUUUUAUCGGAAAGUUACCGUAGCAACAGUGUCUCUCAGCCAAUCAAAAUCUAGGAAAGUUGUCAGAUCUGACAACGUUUCGGACAAAAAUGUUGAUGAAACGCUCCCUAGGAGCACACUUACACAAAUUUAGUAUUAUCCUGGUACCUAUUGUUCAAAAGGCUUUUAGCUGACCAAUCAAAAAUUCUGUUUCAUAUGUUAUACUGUAUGUUUUUAUGGUGCAUAUCAAGACAGACAUACAUUUAUAUUAAGAAAAGUAACAUAAUGAUAAUAUCCUGCUUUUCAUACCAGUGGCAAAAUCCAUGAUGUCCUACUAUUCAAGUGUGGGGGGGGGGGGGUGAAAUAAUAGUUAUCCCCCCCAAAAAAACCAACAACAACAAUAGGUUAACCCCUUGGAUUUACAUCUGUAUUUGAUACAGCACAUGAUGAUCAUUAUCAUUAGAAUUUUAGAUAGGCAAACAUGCUUUUUGAAAUGGGAAUUACAUAGAAAUUUCAAUCGGUUUCAUGAUUUGAUGGAAGACCGUGAAGUGUUCACUGUUGGGUAUAUUUCCCUCACACAAUUCACCGUAAUUUGAUAAUACCCAAAAUUGUUAAGUGGAGCAAGGCUACCUAUCGUAAAAUCUCAAGUCAGAGUUGUGUGUAGUUAACUGUAGGUCAUAGUUACUUGUACGUGUAUGUUUGAAAGCUGUAAGCUCAUGCACCAUGAGAAGAAAGAGUAUAGUAUUAGCUGUGUACAUUGUAUUGAAUGUGUCACACUCACACACAGCAUUAAGAGCACAUGGGACUAUACACAGAACUCUGGUUAAACUUCAACCUGGUCUGGCAAUUGGUAUUUUGCAAUGAAUGGUCACUUUUAUCCUUCAUAAUAGAUCUUAAUUAGUGUAUUGGGAAUUUGAAUGACAGAUUUCAUCAAAAGUUUCAUUGUUAUCUCCUCCCUCAUAAGGCUAGAAACAAAUCUUCAGAAAUCUAGGGUCCUUGAUACUUUGUGGAAGAAAGAACUUUGAACUUGACCCAAAUUAUUUCUCCCUCGAAAUUCAAGUACAUGAUUGCUUCCUCUAUCCAGUAUGGGUACGGUUGCUGUAUGAAAGGUAGCAUCAAGAAGCCUGCAGACAAGACUGUAGUGCUUACUAGUAAUAUGCUUUUCACACUGCACAUAUUUUCCUUUUUCCCCAGGAAAUUGGUGGGGCUAAAGGGGAGGGGGGUCUUAGCUCCACCAAUUUCCCGGGGUUAAGCUUAGCCCACUUCGGUUUCACACUACGUUUUAGCAAACUGGGCUAGCACGGUAAACAGUAUGGUACUAUCUGGCCCUGUAAAAAGCAGGGUUAGCCAGCUUAUUGCGGUGCUAGCACCACAUUUGCGGUGCUAAGAAAUCCAGUGUGAAACGAAGUGGGGCUAAGCAUUAGCCAAUCAAGUCAAAAUUGCACGUUAAUCACGUUCUGUGUGGCAAAAUCAGUCUGCGAUAGUCCGGGGUUAAGGCGUUAACCCCAGCUAAGCAAAUAGUAUGGGGUUAAGAAAGACAGUGUGAAACCAAAAAAAAAGAUAGUAUGGGGAUAAGGAUAGUCCGGGGUUAAGGAUAGUAUGGGGUUUAGGAAAAGCAGUGUGAAAAGUAUAUAAGUGAACUGUCAACUAUCGUGUUGAUGAGGUGUGCAUGAUUUUCACCCUUUUGGAUCAUGUGUUCCAAACUAGUUUGCUUUGCACUCUGUCUUAUCUACAGGCUUUGAUGGAGCAGGCCUAUUGACAAAUAUAUAUUUUUUCUUAUCAGGGUACGUUUCAUGAAGAACUGUAAUGGUGGCAUUAAUGCACAAAUUAUAUAACAAGUUUACUAUCAGCCAAUCAAAUUGAAUGAUUUCAGUAGCUUUAAACUGUUAUUGCAAAUUUGUUAUUUUAAGAAGUUUUAUAAAAUGGACCCUUGAUUGACAGCCAGCCACUUUGUAGAUCAUGUGUUGGAGGGAUAUUGUUAACUCUCAGGCUCCCAUAAGCUCAUGUUUCUAUGCUUAUUAUAAUGCUGUAUCCACCAGACCUGCCCUUUGUGAAAUCUGUUAUACUGCCCUCUACUGGUACAACCAGACCAGGUUUUUUUCCCAGACCGUUCUUUUGUGCAGAUGAGCACUACACUACUCUGUCAGGGCACGUCACUUUGCUUCUGUGUGUCAGUAAUCGCGUUGGUCAAUGUGUAAUUCUUUUUAGGCUUAUAUUUCUGUGAGUAUAGUGGCUAGUUAAAGUUGGUUUCUUGUGUCUAAAAAUACUAUUGAAGUAGAAGGUCUGUAGCAGCGGUGUUGGAAGGUCGUUAUGACGUAAACAAAAACGUUUUCGGUUCAGAAGAAGACGUUUGAAAUUCUGCAGAGUUUGACAUUGCAAUGUUUAAAACGAUCUGCUCGUUUGGGUAAUGAGUUUCGAGAAUAAGUUAUGAGACAUUAUGUUGACAGUUGGAGAUAGAUUUGAUCCUGGCGUACGGUCAGAUCCCAACUAUUGCUUCACGUAAUGUCAUAUGGGGUCAACGCAUUCAAGUAAAAUUGAAAAGAAAUGCAA